CCCCGAGUGUCCCCGAGCUGUCCCCUGAUGUCCCCAGGGCUGGAGUUGCCGGUGGCCACCACUCGUCCCGAGACCAUUUUUGGUGACGUGGCCGUGGCCGUGCACCCGCGGGCCCCGCGCUACCUGCACCUGCAGGGCCGGCAGGUGAGGCACCCGUUCAGCGGGGCCCUGCUGCCCGUGGUGAGCGACCCCAGCGUGGAGCCCCAGCACGGAACCGGUGCGGUGAAGGUGACCCCCGGGCACAGCCCCCAGGACCUGGCUCUGGCCCGGGUCCAUCGGCUGCCCCUGCCCUGCGUCAUCGGGGACGAUGGCACCUUGUGUCCCCCGGGGGGGGCUGGCUGUCCCCGUGAUCACCGGGGGGUCUCGGGGCUGUUCCUGCACCCCGAGUUCAGCCCCGGCUCUCGGCGUCACCGGGGGGUCCCCGAGUUCUACGACUUCGCCGUGGCCCUGCUGGAGCUGGAGCGCCCCGUGGGACCCUCCCCCGGCCAGCGGUGA